GCUUGAUGCUCCCUGUUGCGCUUUUUUUCUCGCUUCAGUGUAGUUUUUUCCCACCAAGCGUGAGUAAUUCGCUAGAAGAUGUGAAUAAUUCGGUAGAAGAUCCUCCUGCUUCUGCCAAUUUUUCUACACAUAGUGUUCAGUACGAUUUGAUGUUGGACACUUAUUUCAAAGAAACCUACCAGUACAAAGGAGAAGAGGAAUUUUUAUCCGACCAUACGAACGACGAAAAAGUAUCGUAAUAAGAAUAACUCAAUCAAAGCACCACGAAUUCGAAGGCGGUGAACAAAAACGUCAACAUUGAGGACGACCGGACAGAUUGACGGC